ACAGUUUACAGACCAAACAACUAACUGAUUCAUUGAGAAAAGAAACAACAGAUUCAUUAAUGAGGAAAAUAAUCAUUCUCAUCAAAAUAUGGACUGAAAACUGCCAUUUUAGCAUAAAAAGUAACUGGAGGAAAAGGUUGUUGAAGUUAUUUUAUUUGAUGUUUAACACACAGGUGUCCUUACUGUAGACACACAAACACUUUCCACAACUCCCAGGAUCCUGCAGGUGUUUUCCCAGGAAAUGGGAACAAAUUUGGGUGAGAAUUCCCAUCGUCAGCCAUCGUCUAUGUGCUUGUGUGCCCUUCUUAAACACAAAGUGUCCACUCAGUAAUCAUUUAUUCACUAAAAAAGCUUAAUAUAUAGUCAGAAAUUUGCCAUAUUUAAUGUUUACUUUAUGAUUUAUCUGUUUUCUACCUGUAAAUUUAGCUGAAAAUGGUUCAGUUGAUGUAAUUAUCAUUCACUUGUGUAUAUUUGUGUGUGUCCUCAUCUGUGACUAUGAGUGUGUCCGCAUGUGACUGCCUCCGUCGGAUCCCAGCGGGGGGUGCCGCGGGUGGCCCCGCCCACCCAGGGCCUGGUUCCAGCCAAUCAGGUGCUAAUGUGCGGGAACAGGAGAGGGCUGCCCUGACAGAUGGCGGGCUGACCUGGAAAACCUGCCCCCUUUUCAGGGUUCAGCAGUCGGCAGAUGACAGCCAGACAGCAGUAAUGGUUUCUGGUUCACACUCCGAAGCAGAAGGUGGUGGUAGUGCAUCUGGUCGUCAGUUCAAAAUCAAGAGAAGAAGAGGAAGAGGAAGGUGGUGAUGCACGGCUGCAGGGUGUGACAGAUCAAACGGCCUGUUAUCUUCCUACGGAGGCAGUCGGUCGCAGCAGCCUCACAGGUGCAUCACAUCCACUUUCACCAGAUAUCCAACCUUCAUGUGGCUUUGAAGCUCCUCCUCCCGCUGCUGUCGACUAAUCUCACAUGUUUGGGUUGAGGUUGGUCCUGUGAUUGGCCGAGAGACGCAUCUCGUGGAGGGGAAGACUCAAGAGGUCAACGUCUGAAGCAUCGUGGAUGUCGUAGAAGGAUGAGAACCAGGCCUCAGUCACGUCAGCUCCGUGACAUCGAAGCGACCGUGACACCGCAGCAAACCGGCGAUGACGGAUGCCUUUUUGUCUUCUGCAGUCAGGCCGCGUCGUCUGGCCCGCGGACGACUGUAAUCGCACCGACAGAGUUCAAGGUUGCCGUGCGGCUAUUUCCAGCUCGUCUUCACUUUAAUCCGUGUCGCAAAAUGACAAGUUGUAAAAGGAAGCUUCACUACCUCUAUGAAGCCAGUGGUGUUCACCAUGACCAGCGUGCAGGCAUUACGCAGGAAGUCUCUUCUGCUGACGGGCUGGAGUAUCUAAUCCAGCACUACUACUCCAAGGACCCUUCCCGCCCCCACAAACCUCACGUCCACAUCAUCACGCCCUCUGACCCCCAGCGGAGAGGCUGCCAGCUCUCGCUCUCCUUCUCCGUCCCUAUCCGAAAAGUCUUCCAGGAGCUGGAGAAGAAGGGAGUCACUUGCGACACGAGGGAGCCCAGCGUGCUGCGCAUCGCUCCGGUGCCGCUCUACAACUCUUUCAGCAACGUUCAUCACUUCAUACAAACCCUCAGCAGCCAGUGAAUGAAUGAAUGAAUAGUGGACUGUGGUUUUGCUGUAAGGUAUAGGAAGGUUUCAUUCUUAGCUUGACCAUUCAGUAAGAUCAUUUUAUUAUGUGUGAAAUUUGAAAUGAAAAUUCAUAAUAUUUUAAUAAUUUUUUAAGGGCGUGGUUACCUUUAAAUCAAAAAAUGGAUGCAAAUAUUUUAUUUUCUGGGAAUUGCACUUGAAAACAAUUGUAAUUGCUGUUAUUUGACCAACAGAGCAGAUCCAACAUGAAUAAAAAGAUUUGAUUUUGGGCGUUUUUUGAUCAAGGUCAACAAUCAUUCUGAGACAGACACGUUGUCUCCUCCUGGAACUGUAUGUUCAGCAAUUCUCUCACUUUAUGUAGCUUUCAGACUCAUCUCAACAUGAGAGAUAACAUCUUACACAUCAAAACAAGCUACUUACAUAUGAGGCCUUGGAAUCACACUGGACAAUAAACUUUUUGAACAUUA